CGAACGGCAGUAGGCGGCAGGCGGCGCACGCGCCGACCGCGCGCAACAAUUCCCGGAUUCAAAUCCACUGGCUCAUUUACUAUCCCUGUACUAUAUUUAACUUCUACUGAAUAAUUUGCAUGUUCCAUCUCAAAAAGUUGUCAUUUUCUUAAGUUACAAGUGACGUGAAACAUAAACAGUUAGUGUUGUAUCUGGUUAGUGAAUUGUAUAAAUGUGUUCGCAAUACGAAUAACCCAAAUAUUCAUGACGUUACAGUACAGGAAGUAAAUGUAAUAAUUUACCGUUAACGUCGACUCUACAAGAUGAAUACUCCGCCAGCUUUAUACGGAGCUAUGAAUAAAGAACGUAAGCCUUUCACAUAUACGCCAGGAGGACUGGAUCUCUCAGAGAUUAAGUCCGAACGGAUGGCUAAGCGAUUAAUGAGAAAUGCUAUGAGCGAAGGAGUUUCAGAGACGCCAGCUCAAACUCUUAAAUCUCCUCCGGUCACUCCUGGUACGAUACCGAAUUUCAAUUGCUUACCGGUGCAAGUUUUUCCUACAUUUCAAUUACCAGCUAAUCCCAAGUCUUUACUGAAAACAAGGAGUAUAUCAGAUGCACCUAAAGUUCUUCCACCAAGUAAUAUUUCUCCAGUAUCUACACUUCCAACGAAUAAGUACGGUAAUGAUUCGUGGCGAGAAAUAAACAAACCUUCGUCGGAGUUGUCUAAUAACAAUAUAAGUUCUAAUUAUAAACCGGCUGCAGUGCAUGAUUAUAAGAAAACAACUAGUAAUCCAUCUAAGAUACUACCAAGUUACGGUAGCUACGAUAAUACAGAUAUUACACUGCCUGAAAUAAGUUACGAUGCUAAAUAUUUUCAAUCUGAACCUCAAGGAACAAUCAACGAGAUCGGAAUAAAAAGCGCUGGUUCUGAAGAAAAGACUCGGCAAUAUGAAAACUCUCAAGUAUAUAAUCCAAAUAUUUUACUAAAGAAUGCUACUGAUAAUGAAAUAAAUCCAGUAUCCAGUAUCAGUAUCCAGUUAACAUCUACUCCAUUGCAAGAUGUAGCGACAAAUAAUUAUGAACAGAAACAAGUGAAGACUGUUAAAAAACAAAAUAACACGGACAAUGAAUCAGAUAAAAAUGGUGACACCGAAGCAGCAGUUUUUAUUAAGCUACCUACCAAAACGUCAGCUGCAAAAACUGAGACUAAAGUUGAAGUUUUAAAGAAAGUUUUACCUGAUGGUACAAUCGAAGAAGUUAAAAAGACAAUUACGAAAACUACUAAAGAUGGUAAAACAGAAAUUUCUACUAAAACGGAGACUCGAACAAUACCAAAGGAGAUCGCUGAUGAUGUUGUCGAAAUUGAAGAAGAAGAAGAGGAUGAAAUUGAAAAUGUUGAGGUAAACGAUACUGACGAUAUUGUCGAAAUUUCAAAAGAAGUCUCUGAAAGUAAAGGAACCGAAUCCAAAGAAAACGGAGAAGAAGUUGAAGAGCAAAGCGACGAUGAAUUGAUUAGUGAAAAACCAAAGACUGAAGUAAAAGAAAAUGGACAUAUCAUUACAGGUGAAGAAAAAUUAGAAUCAAGCACAACAAAAAAAGUUGUUGUAAUACAAUCGACUGGUGAAGAAUCUGAGGAAGAAAUUGAAGAAGAGAUAGAAGAGGAGGAACAAGAGGAAGAUGGAGAUGUUGAGGUAGAGGAAGUAGUAAUAGUUAAGAAGCCACCAAAUAAACAAUCUGAAGAAAAUGAAGAUGAAAAUGAAAAUGUGGAAAAUACUGUCGAAGUAGAAGGAAAUGAUGAAACGAAGGAAGAAGAGCCUGAUCAGCAAGAACAAGAAAUAGAACAAGAAGAGGAGAUUGAAGAAGAAGAGGAAAGUGAGGAUAUUAAAGAAUCGGUUUCUAAUGAAGAAGUAGUAAAUGUGGAAAAAGAGAUUGAAGUUAGUAAUGAAGAAGAACAAGACAAAGAUGAAAUAGUAAAGGCAAAGGAAAUUGAAAAUGUCACGAGUGAAGUUCAUAGUUUAAAAAAAGAAAGUAAAAAAGAGGUUGAGGAAAGUUAUGAAGAAGUUGAAGAUCUUGAAACGAAAGUUGAAAUCAAGGAUAAAACUUCUAUUAUACCUACAGAAGAAGAAACUAAAAUUGAAAUAAAAGUUGAGAAAAAGCCUGAAGAAGAUAAUAAAAGUAAUGAAAAGGUUGAUAUAUCACAAGAACCUGUAUCCGAAGCAAUGACAACAAAGGAAGAGCAUAAAAAACAAGAAAUUGAAGAAGAAAUUCUUCAUAGAACAAUAAAUUCUGAACCGAAGGUAUCAUUUAGGGAGCCUUCAAUACCUUUUGAAAAAGUAGAAGAUAUUGAAAUCAAGCCUAUUGGCCCAGCUCAAGAGAUAAUCAAAAAAUCUCAUACAGAAAUUAUAACAACGACCACAGAUAAACCAACUGGAGCUUUAAGUACACAGACUGAAUAUAACAGAAUAGAAAAUUUUGUGACGGUAAAUCGUACAACAAAAACUUUAGAUCAUGCUUAUGAGCAAACGCAACAAACAAUUCCUACGUUGAAAACUUAUUUUUCACCGAUUACCGAUAGAGUAUUGGCUACUCCUCAACCAAUAUCGAAACCAUACCAGCCUGUUUACACACCAGAUCCCCCAACAGAGAGACGUCAUAGCUUACUUCUUGAAAGACUUAGUGUGGAUCGUCAAGUUCCUACUUCAGAUAUAUAUCAAAACAAUUAUCAAAGUAGUCAGAGCUAUGAACAAAAUCAAUGGUCGGAAGAGCCACAGUCUGAAGUUUUGACAGUAAGCAACGUGAAACCUAGCACGAUAACUAAAAACCAACAAUGGUAUCAACAAAAUACAAGAGAAAAUGUCAUAAACAAUACCGUAACACCAACUCCUGUUCUUCCGAGCCAGAUUUGGAAUCAACAAAAUCAAGCUCCAUCACAUAACCAAAUACCAACGCAACCACAAUAUCAAACAUACACACAGCAACAAUAUACACCUAAACCCGAGUUCCAAUCAACUUACGUGGAAAAUAAUUCUCAAAACAUAUACAAAAGUAAUACCAACAACGCUCAAUCUAACAUCUAUCCAACUUAUACUCCAAAACCAAGUUGGGUAAGUAGCACAUUCGAUACAAAGCCGGUUUCCAAUACUGCUUCCAAUCAAUACUCAUCACUACAAAAAGAAUCAACAGAAAGCUACCAAACGUCCACACAACAAUUUAACUCAUCCUAUGUUCCACCCCCGUGGGAACAGGAUUCUAGUUACAUCACUGAAAAUCAAAGUUACUAUCAGCCACCCCCUACGGUAUCUUAUACUCCUAACAUAAACCAAAAUAACCAAACCUGGAAACCAAAACCACCACCGGGAAAGUUUUCAAAACCGACACCAACUGCGUACAUACCACCAGCUCCAAACCAAUCUUUUGUUAAACCUGUGACGGUUGAUGAUUCAUCUAAAAUUUCUGGACGAAAAACAUACUAUAGUGAAUAUGAACGGCGUUAUAUAUCUGUACCGGAAUCAACUUACAUACCAAACGAAACUAAACUCUCAGCACAGCCUGACCCAUCGCCUCAAUAUUAUUAUGAUAAUAAUGAACCGACCGAAUUUGUAGAGCCUCAAUGGCGGAAGGAAUUAAGAGAGUUUACAGAGAAGGCUUCUCAAACGACUACCCAAACUGAAAGUACAUCUAUAAGACCACCUUGGGAGGAAGAUCCUAAGUAUGCUGCUUCCAAUGAAUACCCAGCGACAGUGACACCAAGUUGGACGCAAACGUUAAGGCCACGGUCAUGGCGAGAAAGAAGCUAUGAGCCAGAAUAUGUUGGUUCGAAAGAAUGGCCAAAAACAAAUACUCUUGGUCGUGGACGGCCACAAAGUUCGUAUGUUAAGAGUAAUAUCAAUACGAUACAAGAGAGACCAAGAGGAGUAUCGGUUGAUCGAUACAACCCAAAUAAUUACCAGUCUCCAUUGCCGUCAGAACAUCCGCCCGUUCAGAGCCACACCUUGAACCCGACUAUUCAUCCAAAAACUUAUCAUAAUCCGUCUGUGCCUGCAUACCAUGGUCGUGCUUCUGCAGAACCUAGAGAGCAAACAACGGCGUACCCAAAGCAACGGAUGAGAGUAGACACGAGAGCUCCUCCCGUCCAGUCAAGAUCGUUUAAAUACCUUCAAUGGAUAACCGGUACCGAAGAUUAAGUAACUUAGUCGUUAAUAUAAAAAUACUGUAAUUAUUAGAUUUAAUAUUUGCUAAGUGUAACUAUCGAAUGAUCUUUAAAAUAUCGAAAGCGAAAUAUUGGUCUAAGCUAAGAGUAUAAAAAAUAAUGUUUUGUAUUAAGAUUUUUAUUAAUUGUUUAAUUAUUAACUACCUUACUUAAAGGUUGUUUAAUAAAUCAUUUAUCUCUUUCUGUUACCAUUGAUUUGAUAUAUGAAAGAAGAAGAUACAAAUACCCCCAAAAUAACUUCUAAAGGUAAAGGUAUAAUUCCUUUUCAUGAUUGUACUUACAAAUUCUCAAAGCAAACAUAUUUCAGCAAUUUUCUUAACGUUCCUAUUUGUUGAAUUAUUUACUUAUGUUCAUAAGUUUUUAUCAAUAAUCAACGGUAUUUUGCAACUAAAAUAGCCAUCGAUCAUAGAAUAUUUGUAUGUAACACGCAAUAUCAUCCUAGAUUAAAAUCUCUCUAGUCUUAGUUUUAGAAGAAUUCAUCAAAUUGGUAUAAUUAAUAAAAACUGUUUUUUUUUUGUCUUUUUAUACUUACAUUUGAAAAAGGAAUUUCAGUAGCUGCCAUAUUGGGUUAACCAAAUGAGAUUUAAGUUGGUAGAAAAAGGUUGUUCCGCGUAUACAUUGAACCGCGUAAACAUCUAACGUUUCAAUUUGCUAGAAAAUUAAUUUUGUUAACGCAAAAACUUAAAGCCGUUAAACCCAAAAUUUACGAAAAUCUACUGACGUCUGAAUUGGUUUGUAUUUCUUUGCCAAUUGUGAAGCAGUUUUUAAGCCAUCGUAAAUUUUUCUAACGUAUUUAAAUGUACAGUGUUACUUUACGUUUUUUUGUAAUUAAAAAGAUGUUUAAUGUGCUCCCUUGUACAUCGAUGAUUGCUUAUUUACUUUCAUUAUAUUUAAUAUAAUUAACAUACCAAAUAAAUUGUGCCAUAUUUA